AUGUCUUCAAUGAGGUCUCUCCGAGGUGCAUGGCAUUUCCUAACCAUUUUUAUUUUUUGUUAUUUCAACGGUGGCAACAGUUGGGUUCAAGGAAAAUGCUUGAAUGAUCAGAGAGCUCUGCUGCUCAAGCUGAAUGAGAGUCUUCAUUAUAUGAAUGUCGGUUCCACGGAAAAAUUCUCAUCAAAGCGCAGUUCUUGGAAUUUAAACACUGAUUGUUGUUCUUCAUGGGAUGGCAUUGAAUGUGACUUAGCUGGUCAUGUUAUCAGUUUAGACCUAACUAAUGAAUCCUUAUGGAAUAUAGAUGAUUAUAAUAAUCUAUUCAAUCUUCAGUACCUUGAGAGCUUAAAUUUGGCUCAUAACUUCAUCCAUACACAAAUUCCAUCCGGGUUUCAGAAACUUUCAAACAUGAGAUACCUUAAUCUGUCAAACUCAGGCUUCUCAAAGCAGAUUCCAGUUGAGAUAUCACAGAUGAUAAAGUUGGUUACACUCGAUUUAUCUGGAAAUGGUAAUUUGAUACUCAGGGAUCCCGAUCUCGAAACACUUAUUCGCAAUUUAACAGGAGUGACUGAACUUUUGUUAGAUGGUGUAAAAAUAUCUGAACAUGGAAACAAGUGGUGUCGCACCUUAUCUUCUUCCCUCCCUAAAUUGCAAGUAUUAAGUUUGUCUGGCUGUGGUUUGUCGGGGCCUCUCGAUUCUUCUCUCUCAAAACUUCAAUCAUUACGCAAACUGUUAAAAUUAUAA